ACAAAUACUCAGUAUGAUAUGCAGCAAUCAUCGAAUUUUUCAUACAACAAUUCACUUAAUACUACGAAUACAAAAGUUACAAAAUUAAACCCCGGCAACGAAACAUUGGUAUCAAAACUACUAGUCAUAUCAUAUCAUCAACACUGUUACACGUCCCACUGCUGGGCAUGGGUGUUCAUCAUAAAAAUCUUUAUAAAUAUUGUACUACAUCACACUUGCUGCAUCAUGUUCUAUAUGAUAUAUUUGAAGAGAUCUUUUAAAGGAUUCCGGAGAUCAAUUAUUCAACUUCGUGCCCAGCGCUGCAUCACAAAGAGAUUUAUCUCCAAAUGGAACGCGGCUCGGAUUGGGACGCAAAAGAAAAUCCGAAAAGACUACAUGUUAUACAUAUAUAAAAAAGCGACUUCGGAGUGGUGCGAGCAAGGUUAUUAAAAUA